UUCUGCCGCUACGGCGGGCCCGACCCGACCCGCUGCGGCACGAUCGUCCACUCGGGCCUGAGCCAGCAGGAGCGGCGCGACGUGGUGCGGAUGCACAACGAACUGCGCAGCCGCGUGGCCAUGGGCCGAGAGCUGCAGGGCGCGCCCGGACCGCAGCCGGCAGCCGCCAACAUGCACAUGGUGGAGUGGGACGACGAGCUGGCGGCCGUGGCGCAGCGCUGGGCCGAACAGUGCACGCUCCAGCACGACUGCGGCCAGUGCCGACGUGUCCCGCGCUUUUUCGUCGGGCAGAAUUUGUUCGCAAGCAUCAGCAGCAGCGGCGGCCCGGGUCCAUCGCCGGCUGAGUGGAACCACGCCAUCGAGGCGUGGUACGAAGAGGUCAAGGACUUCGCCUCGUUCGACGUGGACCAGUUUCCCUCGACGCAGGUGGUGAUCGGCCACUACACAGCCAUGGUGUGGGGCGACACGCGACGGGUCGGCUGCGGCUUCGUCAACUACCGCACCGUCGGCCGCGACAACCGCAUAUACGUGUGCAACUACGGACCUGGCGGCAACAUCCUCAGCUUCCCGGUGUACGAGCGCGGCUCGCCAUGCUCGGCGUGCCCGGCCGGCACCAGCUGCUCGCUCACCUACCGCGGCCUCUGUGCCGCCGAUGACGGCCUGAACGGCAUGGAGAUGCCGUCGGUCAUGCCGCCCGGCGCUGGGCCGCCGGCUGCCAUGCCGCCGGCUACCAUGCCGCCCCUGACCAUGCCGCCGAUGCCGAGUCCGGGCCAGGGGGGCGCGCCGGGCUCUGGGACUUCGAUGCCGGGCUCGGCGGCACCACCGAUGGAUGUGUUCGUGGUGAAGCCCGACCCCGCCACCGGCUGCUUCUCGUUCACGGGCUACGUCUUCUGCGGCAACAGCAAAGAGAGUCUGGUGGUGAUAGAGGUCCCGGAUUCCGCCUAG